ACACACACACACACACGAAAACACCUCCAACUGUGUGAAUCGAAACUUUAGCGAAGAUCACGAAAAGAUCGAAGAAGAUGGUGAAUAAACGAAUUCCUGAUUGGCUCAACAAUUCCAUGUGGUCUUCUUCCCCCACUAACUCUUCUCCACCGCCUAAAUCUCAAUCGUCGCCGCCUCAAUCUCCGUCGCACGACGAUCGCAUCGCUAGUCACCCUUCCAAACCUCCCUCCGUUACUUCUUCGGAUUCUUCUGUGAACGAACGGCGUGAAUCGUUGCCGUCGCCUAGCUCAAUGAGACCCGAAUCCCCUUCUAAACCCGGUCCGGCUCCGAGGACGGAAGUUAGGGAUCCGUUGGCUAGUAGCGGCAGUAGUGAUAAUGACGGUAGUUCUCCUGUUGAAGACGUUUCUCGACAGGCCCAGCUAUUACAAGAGCUUUCAAGGAAGAUUAUAAAUAUGGGAGAGCUGCAAAGACUUGCUUCACAGGGUAUUCCGGAUGGUGCUGGUCUUCGUUCUACUGUGUGGAAGCUGUUGUUAGCAUAUCUUCCCGUUGAUAAGGGCCUUUGGUCAUCAGAAUUGGCUAGGAAGAGGUCUCAGUACAAGCUCUUUAAAGAGGAUCUUUUGAAGAAUCCAUCAGAAGUCACGAGGGAAUUGGAAGAGUCUACAUCUUCUCAAAAUGGUGAACGGACAAGGGAUGGCGAAGGUUUGCUCUCAAGGUCAGAGAUACCUGAGGGGGAGCAUCCUCUGAGUCUAGGGAAAACAAGCAUUUGGAAUCAAUUCUUUCAGGACACUGAGAUAAUUGAACAGAUAGACCGUGAUGUGAAGCGCACUCAUCCAGACAUGCAUUUUUUCUCUGGUGACUCUGCUUCUGCAAAAGCUAACCAGGAUGCUUUAAGAAAUAUACUGAUUGUAUAUGCAAAGCUGAACCCGGGUAUAAGAUAUGUGCAAGGGAUGAAUGAAAUUUUGGCUCCCUUGUUCUAUGUGUUCAAGAACGACCCUAACGAGGACUUUGUGGUGAAUGCUGAAGCAGACACAUUCUUCUGUUUUGUCGAGUUAUUAAGUGGUUUUCGAGAUAAUUUCUGUAAGCAACUUGAUAACAGUGUCGUUGGCAUCCGUUCAACGAUUUCAAAGAUGUCACAACUCUUAAAAGAACAUGAUGAAGAGCUAUGGCGACAUCUUGAGCUCACAACAAAAGUGAAUCCACAGUUCUACGCUUUUAGAUGGAUCACACUCCUCUUGACCCAAGAAUUCAAUUUUGCAGACAUUCUUCAUAUUUGGGAUACUCUAUUAAGCGACCAAGAAGGUCCUCAGGAGACCUUGCUUAGGAUAUGUUGUGCGAUGCUGAUUCUCGUUAGGAGACGUUUGCUUGCUGGUGAUUUCACAGCUAACCUUAAGUUACUACAAAGCUAUCCAUCGACAAAUAUCAGUCAUUUGCUAUAUGUUGCCAACAAGCUACGUUCUCAUUCAACUGCUUAACUUCUUAUGUGUUAGUCUUUUGUAUCGUCCAAAUUAGUUAAAUUUUUGCAUAAUUUGACGUCGUGAUGUAAAUCAGUGAGUCGGCAGGGGCAUUUACGUACUUUACUACUAGAUCGAUAUGCUUAUUUAAGUUGGACAAGAGGAACUGUGAAUUUGUAUGUGGACAGACAAAAUGUGUAUGAUUUUUAUAGUUCCUUCCU